AUGGCAACAGGUAUUUUCAAGAAUACUUCGGAAAGAGACAACGAACAAGUUAUAUUUCACCCACCUGGAAAAAUGCCUUCCGUCACUUUACAUUUGAGAGCUGAAACUAAGCCUCUAGAGGCACGUGCUGCCUUAACGCCCACUACAGUCAAGAAGCUAAUAGCUAAGGGUUUCAAAAUAUACGUGGAAGAUAGCCCACAAUCAACUUUCAAUAUUAACGAAUACCGUCAAGCAGGAGCCAUUAUAGUGCCUGCGGGUUCAUGGAAGACCGCUCCACGCGACAGAAUUAUUAUAGGUUUGAAGGAAAUGCCUGAAACGGAUACUUUCCCCCUAGUACACGAACACAUUCAGUUUGCUCACUGUUACAAAAACCAAGCUGGGUGGCAGAAUGUCCUUACCAGAUUUAUUGAGGGCCACGGUACUUUGUACGACCUGGAGUUUUUGGAAAAUGACCAAGGUAGAAGAGUCGCUGCUUUUGGAUUUUACGCUGGGUUUGCGGGUGCAGCCCUUGGUGUAAGAGACUGGGCAUUCAAGCAAACACAUUCUGACGAUGAGGAUUUGCCUGCAGUGUCGCCAUACCCUAAUGAAAAAGCAUUGGUCAAAGAUGUCACCAGGGAUUAUAAAGAGGCGUUGGCCACAGGUGCCAGAAAACCAACAGUGUUGAUCAUCGGUGCGUUAGGGAGAUGUGGCUCUGGUGCCAUCGAUCUUUUACACAAAAUUGGUGUUCCUGACGCUAACAUAUUAAAAUGGGAUAUGAAAGAAACCUCUCGUGGUGGCCCUUUUGAAGAAAUUCCACAAGCAGACAUCUUCAUCAACUGUAUAUAUCUGUCAAAACCAAUUGCUCCUUUCACUAACAUGCAAGAACUAAAUAACCCUAACAGAAGACUAAGGACUGUGGUGGACGUAUCAGCAGAUACUACCAACCCUCACAAUCCAAUCCCGAUAUACACUGUGGCCACUGUGUUUAACAAACCCACCGUUCUAGUACCCACCACUGCCGGACCCAAACUAUCUGUUAUCUCUAUCGACCACUUGCCUUCUCUACUGCCAAGAGAAGCUUCAGAAUUUUUCGCUCAUGACCUUUUACCAUCUUUAGAGCAAUUGCCUCAAAGAGAGACCGCUCCUGUCUGGGUUAGGGCCAAGAAGUUGUUCGACAGACAUUGUGCUCGUGUUAGAAGAUCUUCAAGGUUAUAG